ACGAGCCGAAACCCCUUUUUCCGCGCACCUCUUCCUCCGCGCCGCGUCCACCUCCACCGCCACCUCCUCGGGAGGCUUUGCAGGCUGCGCGUCCGUCGCGGCGCCGUUUACUCGUCUUUUCCGUCAGUGUGCCGUCUGCCGUCGGUCGAGAAUCACGUGUUCCAGUGGCGUGUCAUGGUGCGUCGCGAGGGGUGGUUAUCGUGUGUCUCUGCGUGCCGCUUGCAAACGAUCGAGCGAUAACGGCGGAGAGAUUGCGAGAGAGCGAUCAGAGAUCGAUGCGCGACGUGCCGGAAAAUUUCAGCCGGGUAUGCCGGACGACACUCGUGGGACCCGGUCGAGUUAGAUGCGCGUUCCGCACACAUGUCAACUUCACCCGCGGGCAUCCUAUGAACGUAAAUGGGAAUAAUUCUUACGUGCUGCCGGAAAGCGCGAUAACUGACUUACGUCUUCUUCUUUCUUAUGGGACUCGUCGCAUGGACGUGUCCGCUGGGGAAUCACGUCUUCGUCGCUGAGGCAUGCUCGUAGUAUCUCUGACGUGCUUGUAGCCUCUCGAUUUUCGUAUGUGGACGCAAGAGAUGAAAUGAGUUGCCGCAAAGGGAUGAAUGAAAAUCAUCGGGAGAUUCCCUGACUUGGUGAUCCCGGUGCCGGAUGAUCCCCUUGGUCGAUCGAAGGAUCCAACGAUGGCUGCGUGAUCGAAUUCACUGGUUUCCUCGAUCUUUCUUCGAAUCGAUUCCAGGUGGCUCACAACCAUUGCUGUCCCCGAACGUGAUUGCAGGCUUUUGUGUCCCCUCGGUCGUUACUUGGACCGAUUCCAGGAAAACCCCAAAUCUGUGGUGGCCCAGCGUGAUUGAACAUCUCCGCAGUCCUUCGGUUUUUCUAUAUGUAUCGCGAUUACUCGCCGUCGACAAACCUGUGUUCGAAACGGUGAACAAGUAUUUCUAAGUGAACCAGGAUAUCUAUACCUUCGAUCUCUUAUCGAAUAUGUUAACGUUUUGAAUUACCUUCGUAAAUCACGGCGAAACGACGAGCGUUUAUCCGCCGCGAGGAUCGUAUUCUCGAACGUAUUCCAAUCGUGCUCCGACAAGGGGCGAUUGUACGCUAGAUUGUGUCGAUUUUGUAAUUAGCCUGAUAGAUGAGAGUCAGAUCUUGAUCAUUAGUGCGAAAAGACGAUCGUGCCUCCGCAAAUAACACAUCGAAGUAAAACUUUACUCUGAUAACAGUGAUAAUAUCUAUAUGAUGGACAGCUGUGUCAUAAUUUCGUGAGAUAAGCAUCCAGAAUCUCGUUUGAUUGGAACUAUAUACUUACAUCGACCGAUCAUUAAACCCUUCGCUGCUCACCGUUUGAGAGGAAGAACCCGACACUCUAGGCCCCUUGGUGGAGAACGCGUUCUCCAGUUUUUCUUCGAUCCCUUUGAUAACGACGUUGCGAACUCUACCUCGAGUCGUACCCUGGUCACUGAGGACCAUGGUGGACGUUGCGGGUUAUCGGCGAUGGUGGCGCUUGGAUGGACCGGAAGUGCGAAAGAUUUUCUACCGCCUCGGAGAUUACUGCUCCGCUUGUACCACUCUUUAAUAACGGACGAACGGUGGUGAAAAGGGAACGAGGGUGGAGGAGAGAAGCUUGGUGAAAAAGCAGGAAAAAAAGAAGUGCACGAGCGGCAGAGAAUGCGCGGUGGGUGCUUUAAUUAGUGUUUAAUUAGAGACGAAAAACAGAGUGCACGGCGCCAAAGCCGUGGGUACCGGAAACGCUUCUUGCGACCGGUAGACCGGUAGUUGCGCCGCAGCCGGAGAUCAACAUACGCGACGGGGGAUGCGGCUGUGGAGGCGAGAACACAGCGGGUGGCUACCUUAGGUGGAUUGGAAGGGAACGCUUAUCAUCGGGAUCCCAGGCCAGGUUUACGUCGUGCCGGGUGUCUCAAAAAACGCGCGACUGCGCGGAUGUGCAGGGCUCGUCACGGACGGUGGUGGUAAUUAUCGGUGUCGCGCGAGAUCGCUUCUUAUGAGUCCAACUCGCACGGGAAGGGGAUGCAGCCGGUCGAGCUGAUGACCGUGGCGUGAUCGAGCUGAUGACCCGCCGGCGAGUGAUUCGGUGAACACUGAAAAUGACGACUGAACGUAACGUGGUGCUCUCGUAUCGGGUAGAGGCUCAUAGAUGAGUCCGUAGACCGGUUGUGCUCUCGCCACCCCGAAGACCCCGGUGGAGAAGUGCGUAAUCCCCCCGCGACGUCGAGUCGCGCAUAAUCUUUUCGUGACGAGGAUUUACUCGGAAUAACGAGAGAACAUGUGGAGUGUAGUGUUGUUUCUCGGACUAACGAAGGCUGCCUCGUACGUUGCUGGGAGCGGUACCAUCGUCGAUGAGAAAUCGGUCCCAUUGGUGAACAUCAGCGUGGUGGAGGGAAGACCUGCCGAAUUACCGUGCGACAUAACUCCUCCCGGCGAAGACACGCUGCACAUGGUUUUCUGGUUUAAAGACGAAGCCGGAGUACCGCUCUACACGAUCGACGCGCGAGAGAAACCGGUGACGAAUGCGCAGCACUCGUCGGACUCUGGCGUUUUCGGACCACGUGCUUUUUUCCGGACGGCCUUCCCGAGCCCGGCGGUUCUGGUGAUCGACGACAUAAAACGGCACGACGCGGCGACGUACAGAUGUCGAGUGGAUUUCCGGAAGGGUCAGACGCGCAGCUUCCGCUACAAUUUGACCGUGAUCGUGCCACCGGAGCAACCAACCAUUUUGGAUCGAUGGGGUCGCAUCUUGAACGGCACAGCUGGCCCUUAUGAGGAAGGUGAUACACCGUAUCUCACGUGUCGUGUCACAGGCGGUAAACCGCAGCCGAUGGUCAGGUGGCUCAUAAAUGGCCGAGUGAAGGAUGAAGAGUACGAGAAUAAUGCCGGAGAUGUGAUCGAAAAUAGAUUAACGCUGCAACCCAUCAGCCGGUCUGAGCUAGGCUCAAAUUUCACCUGUCAAGCGCGCAACACGGAUCUGGUGGAACCAAAGGAGACUUCGAUCUGUCUGGAUCUCAAUCUGAAACCCCUUACUGUGAUCAUCCGAAGACCAGGCAAGAAGGGAAUCGGCAACGAUUCCCUCCUAGCUGGGAAACGAUACGACAUGGAGUGCGAGACCACUGGUUCAAGGCCACCCGCGGUGAUAACCUGGUACAAGGGCCGGAGAAGACAGCUCAAACACACGACGGAGGAGCGAUCGGAGAACCGAACCGUCAGCACAGUGGAGUUCGAGCCAGGUGUGGAAGAUCACGGGAAAUCUAUCACUUGCCGAGCGGAGAAUCCAAACGUGACCGGACUCUUCGUCGAGAGGUCCUGGAAGAUCGACGUCGUGUAUCCACCGAUAGUAUCAUUAAACCUCGGAUCGACGUUAAACUCAGAAGACAUUAAAGAAGGGGAUGACGUGUACUUCGAGUGCCACAUUAGAGCGAAUCCUCCCUGGUUGAAGCUCAUCUGGAUACACGACAAUCAAAUCCUGGCGCACAACACGUCGGCUAGGAUCAUCUGGUCGAAUCAGAGCCUGGUCCUGCAAAGUGUAACCAGAAGCAGCGCGGGUCGUUACGUUUGCGCGGCCACGAACGCGCUGAAUGAGACACGCAGCGAGCCGCUGCAUUUUCGAGUUAAAUUCGCGCCGGUGUGCAAGGAGGACCGAAUCAUAGUGGUCGGCGCAUCGAAGGGCGAAUCACUCGACAUCGCCUGCAGUGUCGAGGCCGAUCCGCCGGCGCACAAUUUCCGGUGGAAAUUCAACAACAGCGGCGAGACCCUGGAGGUAGCACCUGGUAGAUUCUCCAUGGAGAAGUCGAGCGGCGUCAGCGUGCUGAGGUACACGCCGAACACCGAGCUGGAUUACGGUACCCUCUCGUGCUGGGCGGACAAUCUCGUUGGUACUCAGUCGAGGCCAUGUCUCUUCCAGCUGGUAGCGGCCGGGAAACCGUUCUCGGUGCGCAAUUGCACCCUGGCGAAUCAGACGUACACCAGCGUGGAGGUGAAAUGCGUGCCGGGAUACGACGGCGGACUACCGCAGAAAUUCGUCCUGGAGGUUUAUCACGGCGACGUCGAUUUCCUCACGAGCAGCCAGCCCCUCUACAACGUUUCUAACCCGGACGAACCAACCUUCGCCCUCACCGGAUUAGAGGCCUCGGUCGAGGCUGGGGUCCACGUGGCGGUCUACGCGGUCAACGCCAAGGGACGAAGUCAACCCGUCACCCUCAGCGAGGUCACGUACCGCGAUGCUGAGAAACGAACCGGCCAAGAUGCCGGGAUCGUGUUAUCACCGCUGAUAGGCGUGAUCGUCGGCGCUCUGGUGACCCUGGUCCUCAUUAUCCUGGUAGUGGUGGUCAGGGUACGACGAGAGCGCGUGGCGAAACCGCGGCACGAGAAACCGGCGGAACUGAGCGAGUUACCGCCCCAACAAUACCCCUUGCAGAAUUCUCAGCAGACCGUGGAGACUGAUCCCGACGUGAUCCCGAACAAGUUCGAGGGUAACCUCGUGGAGGUCAGCCCGCCGAGCUACCCGGGUGGCUACCCCCCUGGACACUGGGUCACCCCCGGACCUACGCCGAGCAUAGACGAGCUCUGCCACAAGUUCACGGGGCGGCCGACGGAGCUGAGGUUACCGUCAAGGAGCACGAUACCGAGUCUACAGGGGAUGCCGGUUACGGGGGUGAUGGUGGGCGCCGGACAGGGUGUCGUGAUCGGCAGUGCUCAGGGUGUCGUCGUGGGUGGCGGUCAGGGCGUCGUCGUGGCUGGCGAGUGCCUGGAUGGUGAGGCGAUCAAACGAAGACUGAUGGCGAACAGGCUGCCGGAGAGCUGCGUCUAGAAGCUCGACUUGUCCACUGAUGACGUGACGUCAUCGCCAUCGUCAUCCGCAUCGUCUACCCUGGUGGCGUAUCAGAGGAUGCGCGAUGUGUCGCGCGAGAGUGCCGCGCGAUGAUCUCGGCGACAGGCGAGCUCGAAGGCGCACUCGAGGGCACUCGAGAGUGCUCGAGCGUCCAGAAGCGAUUUUCAGGUCUCGUCCAGGCAGCGCAGCCUUGUCCGUCGUCUCGCGACAAUCGUCUGUUAGCUCUAUAGUGCGUUCUUGCGAUUAACGAUCCGGCGCGAUCGACUCGUUCGGUGAAAGGAUGUUGGCGGAUGAUUCGAUCGACGGAGGAGACUGAAGAACGCAUCGGAGAUCAGGAUCGAAGACGAACUCAUGCGCGAUCGGUUUCACGCAAGUCUCCGGAUCUUGAUAGCCGAUCCGAGGCGGCGCGAUUUCUCGUGAAAUGGUCCACGGGAUCAGGAGGACAUCGUCCGCGUCGCGAUUGUUUCGGAAAUACGAUUACCGCGGCAGUUCUCCUUCGGGAACGGGGAAGCCGUCGGAAGUAUGCGGGGAAGUUAGCCGAAAACUUGGCCGAAGUUUCUCCGCCCGCGGAAGGUAUUGCGAAGUUUCGACAUUCUGUUUUCGGUCGUCGACUUAACCGUCUCUGCCCUCUUUUUGUCCCGUACCGAGAUGAUCUUCGACGGUGUCUUCUCGAAUAUUUCUCCCGCGAGUUCGCUCCUCUUCGUUACAGCAAAAAGAACAGCAGCUAUGAAAAGAAAAAAAUCGGAAAGAUCUAUAAAAGAACUCGAAAAGAUUGUAGGGAAAUAGAAGAAACGAGCAAGUGCAGCUCGUGAAAGGUGCUUGGGUUUAACGUCGAAUUGAAAGUGCAUUUUCGGGAAGCGACUUUUCCAUCUCGGAAUCAUUCGAAGAUCACGUCGAAACAUCUGUGAUUACAUAAAUGUUUACGGCAGACGUAAUAAAUUUUCAUUUCAUCCAGCAUAUCCAAUUUAGGUUUUGUCCGGUUGCACUUCUUUUUCUUUUUCAUAUUUUUCUGCUCCAUGGGACUCUUUCCGGAUUCUCUUUUUCUCGUCUGCUUAUCAUUCAUUUUUUUUAUUUGUAUAUCUACUUACUAGCACAUCUCGCGGCGUCUAAAUAAAUCCCACCAACGAGACGCUGGCCCGGAAGCAUCAGGCCGUGAAACACGAGAAAAGAUAAAAGGCUCUCGAACGAACCCCUUUUCCGAUGGCUCGAAUGAAGACGAAUGGAGGAACUGCGCGAAUAUAUACCGAGUCGAGGGCGCGUACGGGGAGGAGGGAACCGCGGAAUGAAAGGAAGAAAGGGAAUGCUCGAUGCCACUUUGGCGUGUAGUUUGAAGGCGUGAAAUGCGGUUUUAAGGUUGAACGAUCGGCCCCGAUAUCGCGAUAAAAUCAGGAGGCGAGGGGGAGAGAAACGGAGCACCGCGAGGUAUCGAUAUCCUUAAACCCCGAAUUCGAUAUUCUUGGGCACAACUUUCGUACGCAACGCGCGGACGGCGUUGACGUUAUUAAAUUUCCGAGACGAAGAAAUUUCAAAGAAAUCACUAAUCACCAAACGCACACGUUAGAUCUCUAGAUCGUAUCGAUCGUACUUUCUCUCUGCGUAACGCGUCGUGCGAUCGCGAAUGAAUAAUUAAAUAGAUAAUUAAAUAUUAUACGAGCGGCGAGAAAAAUCAUGCAACUCCCCCCUGCCAUUCUAAAGGGAUGAGCACGUCGCGUAUAUAUAUUAUAUAUAACGUACAAAGCGAAACGACUACUUAUCGAGACCGAGACCAGGCGAGACAUCACUCUAUUGGUGUAAUUGUGAUAGAGCAUUUAUAAAUUUUUCUACCGCUACCGAGAUAUGAGUUUCACCGUAUUCCCGCGAACGUCGAACAACUCACACAAGGCCGAGACUCAACAUUCUCAGAAUUCCAUGGGGUGAUCUUCAUCCGGAUGUGUGUGCGUGCGCGCGUGUGUGUAAAUAUAUACAUAGUUUAAUGAGUUCUUUAUUAAAUCGUUACGCGCGAUUUCGUUCAAUUCGCGACAAGAGGAGGAAGAGAGAGAGAGAGAGAGAGAGAGAAGAAGGUAGGAAGAGAAUCGCGAGGAGGCACGAUAUACGUGGCGUCCGCAAACGAAUUUCUAUGCUCGCGCGAAGAAAGCUUUCACUUUGCAAGCUUCGCAAAAACUGGUCUUCCACGUGGCACUUCGCGACGAAGUGGUGAAACUUCUGCGGCGAGAAUGGAGCUAACGAAUCGGCAAAAAGCGUAUCCCUAAUGGAACGGCGUAACGCGAAUUUUGCUCGUGGAAAGUUCGCUCGCUUCGAAUGAUCGAUAGACUCAUAAUGUGUAAAAAAAGGGAGAUCGUUGCGACGGACAGGAGGAAAAUGAGUAACGAGUGUCGCGUCGCGACACGGGAAUCUCUUCGGCAUACGAAACGUAUAAAUAAUGUCGAAUCAAUCGAGUGUGUCUGUUUCGAUGUAUAAAAAGAUAAUGAUCCAGUACGAUGGUUGCUCGUUAGCUAAUGUAUCGCUGUACAUAUUAUCACGGGAAAGUCUAACGAUAAGUUGGCCCACGUCCGAGUUUCCGAAAUGAGCGACAGAACGGCCACGUUGUCGGGCACUCACCCUCCCCCCUCCCCCUUUCCCUGUUGGAUUGUUCAUUGGCAAGAUGAAGAAACGCCGAAAGAACGCUGAAAUUGUUCCUGUCGAUCCGCGAGAAUCUCCAGGUGGUUUUCGCAUUUACGCGGACUGCCGUGCUCGACAACGCGUUCUUCGAGCUCCCGCAAAUUCACACCCCCGUGUCGUCACGGCUUUGUGGUUUUUUGACGAUUCUCCAGAGCCUUUCACCAUUGAAAAGAGAUUGAAUGAACUCGAAUAAACUUCAAGUCUUCACAUCUCUUCUCAAUGAUGUUUCCUUUUAAAAAGAUCUUUGAGUCUACCUGAUAAUUAAUCUGAUCCUCAAUGUAUGAAAUUUUUAUCCACGCGAUUUCUUGUUUUAUCAAUUUUUUUAUACUUCUGGAUGAUCGUGAAAGAAUCGGCAGCGGUCGAUUCAGCGACACGUAUCUUUCACGUCCACGAGAACUUGUUGAAGAAUGAAUAAUGUCGAAGACGACGCAUUAACGCGGGCCGAGAGUUAGAAUAAGACGAAGAAAUACUACUGGCCACAUAUUCAUUUUGUAAAGCGAGAAAAAUAUCGGGGAUAUUAAUCUUGUCAUGUGUAAGGAUCUCUUAUUUAGCGAGGAAGCGUGCGAGGAAAAUCGCCAAAAGUAGGCACCGGAAGUAACCGUUCUCGGCGCGAUUCAACAACCGCGCGCGAGGCGAGGAGAAUAAGGAGAGCAUGUACGAAGAGGAAGUAACAUGUAGUAGCGAGUAAAAUGACUGUACAUAAUCAGCUGUACGUAACGACGCGACACACCGAGUCCAUGUAAAUCGAUCGACAGCCGCAAGCGGAACCUCACGUUCACUGUAUAGGCGAUUUCAUAUCAGAUCCAUAUCGUUUAUCGUUUAAGCCGUAUGUAUAUACUACACCAUGUUUUGAUCUGAAAUAAACUGUUUAAUUGUCU